AAUGUUGCUAUCGUGGCUAAUGGCUUUUCUUACUCCUCACUAGCUGUCAAGAAGAAGCAAAAUUACGGUAGCGUACACGAGGCUGUGAAAGCCGGUGAUGUAGAGCAGCUUGCCUCGAUGAUAAAGAGYGGAGCUGCUAUCAACAAGGUGGAUUUACCCCACAAAUUCACCCCUUUGCACUGGGCGGCACACUCGGGAAGCCUGGAGUGUCUUCACUGGUUGCUCUGGCACGGAGCUGAUAUCACUCAAGUGUCUGUCAGAGGUUGGACAGCAGCUCAUCUUGCAGCUAUCAGGGGCCAGGAUGCCUGCAUGCAAGCUCUGUUGUUAAAUGGAGCCAACGUAGAGGCUCAGGAUGAUCGUGGGUGCACCCCGUCACACUUAGCUGCAGCCCAUGGGCAGUCCUACACGUUACAGACUAUCCUGCGAAGUGGAGCGAAUGUGAAUGUUUCAGACAGGAACGACUGGAAACCUGUUCAUUACGCUGCCUUUCACGGUCGUUUGGGCUGUUUGCAGCUGCUYGUUAGAUGGGGAGCGUGUGUAGAUGAUGUGGAUAACAACGGAAAUCUCCCAGCUCAUCUGGCAGCCAUGGAGGGGCACCUGCUCUGCUUUAAGUUCUUGGCCAGCAAAAUGAGCAAUGUCAAGUGCACUCUGAAAGCCAGGAAUGACCACGGAGAGACUCCAAGGGACUUGGCUGAACGGUUCUAUAAAGACAAUAUUUUGCAAUAUAUUGAUGGUAUGGAAAAACAAGGGGAGCAUCCUGAGACACAGGAAGUUUUAGCUUUCCCAGCCCAUGCAGCUGCUUUCAAAGGGGACCUGAUAACACUUAGAAAAUUAGUGAAAAGUGGAAUAAUCAAUAUUAACGAGCGGGAUGAUACGGGAGCCACUCUCCUGCACAAAGCCGCUGGACAAGGACAUAUCCACUGCUUACAGUGGUUGAUCGAGAUGGGAGCCGACUGUGACAUUACAAACGAAGCUGGAGAGACUCCAAAAGAUGUAGCCAAGAGAUUUGCCCAGCUGGCAGCUGUGGAGCUUUUGACACAAAGAACUGGAGACAGCAACUCCGAUGACGAGGAGCUGGAUGCAAACAACAUCAAGUUUUUUGAGAGACAUGGUGUGGAAGGGAGCACCGAUAGCAAGGAAGAUUUAACCCUGGAUAAAGCAGAGAAAAGGAAUGCACGCAUAAGGGCCUAUCGCAAGAUUCAGGAACUGCAGCAGCUUCUGGAAAUUGCCUACAGCAACUACAGACAGCUGGGAGGAAUCACUGAGGAGGAGAGGAGGACGAAAAAAGAAGAAAGGGAAAUGGAGAAGGCCGUGAAGGAGCUGGAGGCGCAGCUGGAAUACGAGCGCAUCCGGCGGGAGAAGCUGGAGAGCCAGCUAGACGACUCCCGUGCCGAGCUCAGCCUCCUCAGGAAGAGCCUGGAGAAAUCCCGCAUCCCGCCUGCGUCCGCGCCGGAAACUGAGGCGACAGCUGAUUCUUGCAAAGAGAAAAAGAAAAUAAAGAAGAAGCCAACAUGCAGCCCUGGAGGGGUGUUUGUGAAGCGAUGCUGA